CACUGGCGUACCUCCCCAGGAAUAUGUGCUCCCUCCAGCCAUUAAUUAAUAACACCCUUAAGCUUUACGCUGGAAAAAGUAUUUCGAGUCAGCAAAAGCAGUAAGUAAGCGAAAAGAUCGUGCAACGUUUUUGGUGGCGAUAUUGAAGAGACAUCAAGUCCUAUUGAUUGAAACAUCAUCAUAGGUUUCGACAGCUGGAUGACAGAAGAUGUAAACACAUGAUAUAAAAGGAAAAAGAGGUUACCUGUUUGGGUUAACUGCAACGAAAGCCGCAUCUGCACAGGGACAACAUAGCGGUGAAAGACAGCAUGAGUUAAAUCUCUCUGAACCACGGCUCAUAUCGGCCUGGUGUAUGUAACGCACCUUGAUUCUGAGAGAAACGACAAGUGACUGUGUCAAACACAUGUGGAGGUCAUUUGGGGAUCUCAGAGAAAGAUCGUGUCUAAUUUGUGAGCUUUCCCGGUUUUACGCCAUGGAUAUUUGGGACGAGGGCAUCUACUGGAGCAGCUGCAGCGACUACCUGGACGGUGAUCUCUACCUGGACGAUUACUCCCGCAGACACACAGGCAUGUUUCUCAUGGACGUGGCUGCGGUGUGUAAUGAACACUCCCGGCUGACAAACCGGUGUGAGCGGAUCCGUCGUCUUGAGGAGGAGAUGCUCGACCACUACAGAUUGUAUGAAGAUCAGUACGAACACAGGUACAGGCUAGGCUCCAGAUUUGCUCAGUUGGAGGAUCGUAUACGACGCAUGAAGGCAGAAACUAGAUAUCUGCUGCACAGAACCAAGUCCGCGUUGCCGCAUCACGCCUGGACCCAGAAUGGACGGUAUCAACUGUACGACAAACCGUGGUUUCAGAGCGACCAUGCCAGAAAUUCAGAGUUUCAGUAUAAUAAGGAUUACCAUAUACCUACAGAAACACAUUUAAGUCAGCUUGGGGGCAAUGCUGAAUAUUACUACCGAACUGGCGGACAAGAUGAUACUAUAAGGGCAAGAUCAGCGUAUAAUACUCCCCGAACAACACCUCAGGAUGGACUAUCUGUUGUACACAGUGAAAUGGGGGACGCUUGGAUACAAGAUGGUGAUAGAAGUCCUAGCUCUACAGCUAAUACUCCUAGAUUAGCCGCUCGGACUGGCAAAUCUGCAGUACUAAGUGAGAAAAUUGUCGGGACAAACGACAGUGAUAUGUUCCAGCAAAGGUUGAGAGAAAUGCUUGGAGAAUCAGAAACAUGUGGUAAGAUAGGAUUGACCGGAAGUGAGGAUGUCCAUGCGCAUUCAGUAGCUGCAGAAAAGACAGAACGGCUUAGUGUUGUAUCCGAUGACAUUAAAGACUCAAGCCGCCUUUUCGAAAAGAAGCUUACGGAAACGAUUGACACGUUUCGACAGAAUGUGGUAGAGGGAAAAGACCGGAACACAGUGGUAGAGGGAAAAGACCGGAACACUGAAGUAGAUGUAAAGGAAGAUCAACAAGAGCCAUGUGCUUCAGAUCCGACUGCCGAACAGACCUCCCCAAGGCGAACUGGGACGCCAACGAAACAUAAGAAGAAGACCCAACUACCAAGGAAACAAGCAGUAACAGGCGGUCUGGGAAACGACAAACUGAAUCAGCAGAUCAUUGAAGGACUUACAAGGAAUGUGAACGAGAGGUUUUAUCAGACUUGUUCGGGAAGUGAAAGAGAGCAAGUAAAUUUUAAAAAUAAUGAGUGUGAUAGAAAGAACGGGAACGAUCCUGGAUAUACUGACCAACAACAAACUGCUAGAGAGCAGAUGCAGGAAAGGGCCCGUGGUCUUGAAACUCUUUUGAAGAAUCGAAAUAAAUAUGCAGACUCCAAGCUUCCGAGGAGGAAGGUUACAAAUCAGCAGGGGUUGACGGAGAAAGAUCUAGACAGAGGGUUUGGAACAGGAAAAGAGAGGAAUAUGGUGACUGAUUUACCACAUGACUCUCUUCAAGCUCAAACUGGAAGAAAACUCAGAUCUCCAAGACAACCCAUGAAGACCUUGAACUACACUGAAGCCAAACGAGAAACAGUUAUUAAUAAUGUGAGGAAGUGUAUGAUAAAAGACCGAUCUUUUAGUAUAGUGAGUGACCAUCAGAAGACAAGACGCCACUAUGUGAGAUAAACAACAGUCUAUCGCAUCUGCUAUCAAACACAAUUCUACGUCAGUGAGAAAUCCCUGUAUGGGCGACGUUUGGAGCAUUUAGUUUCUAUUGACGGUUUGCCUUUGCUUAUUUUUACCACUGGCAACAUUUGGAUUAAACUGGGGUUUUUUUUCGUUUCAACUGGUCCGAAUUCGAACGAACAUAGCUUCGUGCCUGAUUUGUCAAACCAUUUGCAAAAGUAUUAUUCAUUUACUACCGGUCGACAUUCCGACCUAAUUUAACGCGACCACUACAUUAACCACAUAAACAAACACACUUUAUUUGUCUACAAUUUAAUCAUAUACGAGGCACGAGAUCAUAUGUCAGCAAGGUAAAUAUGUUUUUAUAUGGGUCUUCAUAAGUCAAUGCGUUAGUAACAUGCUAACGCCGACUCGUCAAUAAUUCAGUUGUAUAGGAACAAGUGUAAUUGCGUGAGAUAGAACAAAAUCCUACAUGGUACAAAUAUUUUAAUAUUUGCAAAACAAAACUUCUAUAUUUUGUAUGGUACAUCUACAUAUAUGAUAAUUAACUAUAGUCUAUAGAUGGGACAAACAUGCGCAUAUGCCUACCUACGGAAUCCUACUGUACUUUGGUCCAGAUGUGUAAUCUUUAAAGCAGUUGCCCAUCGUAUGAGGCAGUUAUGUGAUAUUCACCAUAUAUCUGAAGUCACAUAGUGUAGUUCUGUAAGAGAUUCUGAACGAGUCAAGAGGUACCCAGUACAUCAUACGACCGACUGAAGUGGGAAGCGAUUGGUUAUUAUAUGUGACCUUGCCUACCCUUGCCUGCCUAAUGUGUGUCUAAAGUGUUGCAAACUACAUGUUAUCUGGUUGAAGCUCGAUAAGUUACUUUCACGAUACACAUUCAUUCACUCACUCACUUAUGAAUACAUGAAGAUGAUUUGAAAACGUGUGGUAUCAGUGUGUCGAUGUACUUUGGAAAUCAUUUGGAAAUGCUUUCAUUUCCUCAAGAAUAUGUACUGUGUAUUUCAUAAAUAAAUUGUGAUUUUGGA